GAGAAGACAAUGGACCAUCCUCCCACAACAACAGCAGACCUAAUGCGAUACGCGGUCGCCGCGCCGGCCACCGCGGUCGCGGUUCCACCGCCGCCGCCGGUCGCGGUCCCACCGCCGCCGAUCGCCGCGCCGGCCACAGCGGUCGCGGUCCCACCGCCGCCGGCCGAGCUCGACCCCGCCGCCCUCGCGCGGCGCGUCCAGGAACUCGAGGCCGCGCUGGCGUCGAGCGAGGCGGAGCGCGAGCGCCUGGCCCAGCGCGUCGCGGCACUGGAAGCCGAAAAAAAGCAUCCGAAGCCGCGGGGCCGCAUGCCACUCGGCGCGACGGGCUGGGACCACGCGACGGGCACCUGGCAGUACCCCCCCGGCGUGCUGCCCCAGUCGCCCCGGAAGAGAGCAAGGAGGGCGUCGGUCAAGGCCCGGAGGAAGUGGGAGGGCGAGUCGUCGGACGAGGACCCGCCGCCGGCCGUCGCGGCCGGCGCGGUUUUUAUAGAUGACGGCCAGUGCUGGCUCGUGUACAAGCGGGAGGACGACGUCGUGUAUUAUUAUCCAGCCAAGCACCCCAAGCCGACGGAGGAGACCUACCUCGCGGCCUGCGAGCACUCGGGCGCCGACGAGGUCGCGGCCUGGAUCGCGGCGACGCACGAGCGGGCCGACGCGUGCGCGCGCGCGCAUCGCCGCAAGCGCGACGACGAGCGUAGGCGCCGCGAGAACGCGGCGCUGGCCGCGCUCCCGCCGCCGAAGCUCCCGCCGCCGCCGAAGCGCGUCCCGCCGCUCCCCGCGGAGCAGCUCCUCGGCCGCGCCGUCCGCGUUGUAAUUGCGGACGCGCCGUCCGACGCGCGCGGCACCGUCGACGCAAUCGCCCACGGCGUCUGCCGCAUCGCGUGGAAGGACGGUACGCGCUCCGAGGUGCUCUUGGCCGACGCGACGGCGAUGCUCGUGCCCGUCGUCGCCGUGUGA